AUGGCAUUUCAUACUCAUCAGGGCGGCCAUUGGGUCGGACACGGACCUGGCCCUGGCUAUAUGCCGGCAAUGAGCCCGGCAAUGCCCCCUUUAUCAGGGCCUCAAGUUCAUCAUCAACCACAUCAACAACCAAGUGGCCCUCAACCACAGCGGCCCGAAACGUAUCGCUUAGAAGUCCUACAGCAACCGACCAUGGCUAAAGCCGCCAAUGGCAAAGACAAAGACCGCAAACCCGUCGAUCCACCUCCUAUUCUCCAGCUGCACGUUCCGAGCGAUGAAGACCCCGAUGGCGUAUAUCGGCAAAGUCCCUAUCUUAUUGCCGUUGCGUAUCUCGAAUAUGCCCACCCUCCAGGCCCGAACGGUCAAGCUACUCCACCAGCAAACAUGAUGGCGGGAACGACAGUUUCGUCCUUACAUCGGUUGAAGGACCCCACUAACAAAGAGGGUGCCUUCUUCGUGUUUGGGGAUCUAACGAUCAAGAGCGAGGGAGAAUACGUUAUUCGCUUUGACUUGCUGCAGAUGACGAUGGAUAAUCUGGACGACGGAGAGUUUUGGAUAACAAUAUGCUCAGUUACAAGCGACCCUUUCAAAGUCCACGCCGGCAGGGCAUUUCCAGGCAUGGCGGAGUCGACUUUUCUCACACGAUCUUUCAGCGACCAGGGGGUCCGCCUUCGGCUUCGCAAAGAUUCGAGGCAAAUUGCAAAUAAAAAGAAAAACCUGCGUAUAGCAGAUCAGAUGGACAAGCAAACAGCGCAUAGGCAAGGAAGUGCUUCACAGAAUGGUGGUAUGCCGCAGAUCGAUGACAGGUCCUACCACGAUUAUGGAGACGAACCCGUAGCAAAAAGACAUCGACCAGAAUACGGUACCAUAAAUCCUGGGACUCCCACACAGGAGGGAGGCCCGGAUAUUCGUUGGAGCAACUAUGGUCCUCCUACCAAUCCAACGUACGCAUUAGGGUCCGUGACUACGGGACCGCCAACUUCGGCGACAACGGUGUCAAUGCCUCCGCCAACCGGUCGUAUUGAUACCCAUUUCUCUCCUCUCGGCCAAGGACCUCACGGGUUUGAACGACAGUCGCCAAUAAACCACUCGCCGAUUCAGUUCAGCAACAAUGCUCAGAGUUCAUCCCAUCCAUUCAUAUUUACAGCAGGCUCCAAUAACGGAAAUAAUCCGCCGCUAAAUCUCGCUCCGAUUCCACCUCAUCCCCAAUCCGCUUUGGCUUCACCGAUACAUAGCGUCUCUCCUAGGUCACACGGUCCGCUGAAUGGUGCACCAUCGGGAACCGCGUCACCAGUAGGCCCUAAUAUGUACACUACAGCACCCCCGACAUCGAACGCACAUCCGACUCACCAGUCUCCUUACACUAACCAAGGACCAUAUCAAAGCAUGCAGAAUGCUUACGAUCACGGCAGUCUUCGAGAACACGGUUUAGGAACACCGUUGACAGCGACGAUGCCAUCCGAAAGUCUAAAUGGAUCAUAUCCUAUUGGCGGUACUGACUCGUUCGACCACCAUCUAAAUCAUAUGGUUAACAAGACGCAGCAAGACCACUAG